GGCGCAGAAGGAGAGGCUGGGAAAAGGAGGCAGCGAGCGAGCAAGCGAGCGUGAUCUGGGUUCCCCCCGCCCCGCACAGCCCAGGCGCCUUGGAGGUAGAGGUUAGUUUACCUGGCCCCUCGCUCCCUUCCUUCCAACUCCUUCCAGUCUUGCCUCGCAGAGCUGGGAGCGCCAGGGGGCCACUUGACGCGCCUGGACCCCCGCCUCUCCCUGCCUCGCUCAGCAGUCAUGUACUGAUCAGAGGAGAGCGAGCGCGUCCUCGGGAAUUCUUCGGGCUUUGGCUCUCGCUGGCUGUGGUCCUCCUCUAACAUCCAACAGUUCCUAGAGAGCUGCCAAGGCCAGGAGCGGAAGGUGCUAGGCACUGACAGUCUUUAGCCAUGGAUGUAUUCAUGAAAGGAUUUAAUAAAGCCAAGGAAGGAGUUGUGGCGGCAGCAGAAAAAACCAAGCAAGGCAUGGCAGAAGCAGCGGGGAAAACGAAAGAAGGUGUUCUCUAUGUGGGUUCGAAGACCAAGGAAGGAGUUGUUCAUGGGGUCACAACAGUGGCCGAGAAAACUAAAGAGCAAGUGUCAAACGUGGGGGGAGCUGUCGUGACUGGAGUGACGGCUGUGGCACAGAAGACGGUGGAAGGUGCUGGAAAUAUUGCUGCAGCCACUGGCUUUGUCAAGAAGGACCAACUGGACAAACAGAAUGAUGAAGGUCUCCCACAGGAAGGAAUGAUGGAUAGCACAGACAUGCCAGCAGACCCUGAAAAUGAUGCUUACGAAAUGCCACCUGAGGAGGAGUACCAGGAUUAUGAACCUGAAGCUUGAAUUCCACUCCCAUCUUUCUGUCUCCUGCUAGCUGCUGACAAAGACAUCCUGUCCUGUACAAGUGCUGAGUUCCAAUGUGCCCAGUCGUAAACUAUUUUUAUAGUUUGUACAGUGUCUGUUGAAGUCUUCCAUCAGCAAUGAUUGGAGCAUCUGUAACUGCGUCCAGUUUUCGUUUCAAUGACUGACCUCCGUCUGAAACGAAGGUCUGGGUCUCAGAGCCAUUGUUCUUGUGUGAAUAUUGUGGCUUCAAGUUCUAAAAAGUUUGUAAACAAUUUAAAAAACACCUAAGUGUCUAUUUCUUAUUUCUAAUGCUAUACAUGUUUUGUUGACAGAUUGUCAGUAAUUUGGUAUUAUUUACAAUAUAAGAUUUUUUAAAUGUUUCCUAUGAUCUUUCUUUUUUGUCCAAGGAUAUUAUUGAGUGAAAGUUGUUAAUAUAUUUCUAUACAUAUAUACAUAUAUAUAAAGUAAUUGAGCAUGAAC